AUGGCUAGCUUUCUCACCAAAAGCGACAAUUAUGACCGAAAUCACGGCCCGAUUCAGCACAAAAGAUGGGACCAUCGAGUUACAGUCAAUGGGCUUGUUUCACAACCACUCAACCUCGCACUGGAACAGCUUGUGGAGGGCUUUCCGCAGGCCAGAGUAACCUGCACGCUUCAAUGCGCCGGAAAUCGAAGGCACACGAUGCGUACCCGCAUCAAAGAGGUUCUCGGUGUCGAUUGGUUUGAUGGUGCCGUGAUGAAUUGUACCUGGGAAGGGCCAAGAGUCCGUGACGUCCUCCUCGCGGCCGGAGUCAAGGAGACUCAAGUCACGCAUGGCGACGUAUCACCAAAGCACGUCCACUUCGCCAAUUAUGGAGGUAGGACCCAACAAGAUGAAUGGUAUGGAGGCAGCAUUCCUUUCGAAAGGGCCAUGUCCCCCAACAUGGAUGUCGUCCUGGCCGUCAAGAUGAACGGUUUGCCUCUGCCAGCUCGUCAUGGUUUCCCCGUCCGGGCAAUUGUUCCAGGGGUGAUCGGAGCUCGUUCGGUGAAAUGGCUCGAUUGCAUCACAGUUUCCGACAAGGAAUCAUCCUGUUUCUACCAGCAGUUUGACUACAAAGUCUUACCUCCGGAAGCAGUUGAUGCUGAAACGGCUCAAAAGUAUUGGCAUCAGUGUCCGUCAAUGCUCGACGUGCCCAUCAAUUCUUGUGUUGCUUAUCCUAUUUCUGAGUCUACCAUAACUCUGCCAGCUUCCGGAUCCAUCGAGGUACUGGGAUAUGCUGUUCCGCAGGGGCAUCACGGCCCGGUCGUCAGGGUGCAGGUUUCAGGCGACGAAGGACACACGUGGAUUGAUGCGCAGCUCGAGAAUGGCGGUAAAGACGGAAGUAGAUGGUCAUGGGUUCUGUGGAACGCAAAGAUCAAGAUUGAGAGAGGUAAAGGUAGAAAAAUUUUUGCCAAGGCCACUGACGCAGGAGGCAAUUCACAGGUGCAUGAGAGAUCGACUUGGAAUUUGAGAGGAGUUGCUUACAAUGGGUACGAGGCUGUCUUCGAUUUGACGGUCAUCUAG